GGGGCGGGGUAAUCCCUCUACUGGCCCCGACCCUCUAUAAAGGGCCAGACUGCCCUUCAGAGGAUUCCUGCAGAGGAUUUUCAGAUAGCCCGUGGAUCUCCCACAGCCUCUGUCCACAGGUACCAUGAAGGUCUCCGUGGCUGCCCUCGCCAUCAUCCUCACCGCUGCUGCCCUCUGUGCUCCUGCAUUGGCCUCCCCAUAUGCCUCGGACACCACACCUUGUUGCUUUGCCUACAUCUCCCGCCCACUGCCCCGCACCCAUGUCAAGGAAUAUUUCUACACCAGUGGCAAGUGCUCCAACCCAGCAGUCGUCUUUAUCACCCGAAAGAACCGCCAGGUCUGUGCCAACCCAGAGAAGAAAUGGGUGCGGGAGUACAUCAACUCUUUGGAGAUGAGCUAGGAUGGAGGGCCCCUUGAACCUGAACUUGCACAUACUCUCCUGUUGCUGCUUGCUCUUUUCCUAACAAGCUUGGGAGGCUUCCUCCCAACCCCCCACCUCCGCCUCCUCCUUGGAGGACACAGAUUGCACCACACAGCAGCAGUUCCCCACCUAAAGCCUGGAUAAGCUACA